AUGCAUCGCUUUUUUGCAGAGCUGGAGCCAUCUCUAUCCGUCACUGAGCAAAACCUGGCAGACCAAGUUAGGUACAUCCUGCGCUCCAACAUAUUUGGUGACGCCGAACUCGAGCGACUACGACGUGAGGCUAUUCCUUCAUCGAAUGGAAAUGCUACGGCUGGGAAUGCGGCGCCACUAGAUGCGCAACAAACUGCAUAUGUGGAUGCUGCCGUCAACAUUCCAUUUGUGGCUAAUUCAGACGAUGAUGGAAUAGUCUCCCACGAACUAGAGAAAAUGAGGAGCAUAUUGGAAGAGUCGAUGCUGGAAACGCGCAGCAUGCCUCUCGAAAAUCGACCGCGACUUCCCCCGCAUACCCCUUAG